AUGAUAGAAGAGGAUGAUUCUUAUAAUGUAGAUAAUGAUUUGGCAACAGUAUGCAACUUAGUAGGUACGCAACAUCAAUCUAAAAAUUCGGUUGCAACUGAAAAAUCUUUGGACAGUCCUAUUAUUGAAAAAAGUGAACUUCUUAUUGAUAAAAAAUUGCCCAUAAAUCUUGAUAUUGUAAUACCUAUGCAAAAUUCUGAAAAAAAUGAAGACGAAGGAAUAACUUGGUUAACUUGUGCAGGUCAGUUGAAAUUACUUGUUAAUGAAGUGAAGGAAUGCGAUUUAGUUUUGGAUAAAAUUAAAACUGAACAAUUUCCGAACCCAGUUUUAUUUUUAAUUAAUAGUAUUCAGAAAGUAAGAACUAUUCAAAGCAUAGCUGAUGCUUUUUUAAAAAAUGCAUCAGAUAUUUUAACACAAACUAUCAGCAAUAAUUCGACCGAUAUUUUACACGAUCAAACCGAAUACAACAGCUUAAUUGAUCAUGAUCCAGGCAAACGAGAAAAAAUUGUAACUGCUUCACACAGACAUUAUUUAAUUUCAUUAGGACCUCAUCAGCCUAAACUUACUUCAUAUCCCAGAAACAAAAGUAUCAAUACGAACAAACAACGGCAAUUUUCUUCACGUUGGUAUAUUGAGUUUCCUUUGUUGGAAUAUAGUAUUGAAAAAGACUCAGCUUAUUUUUUUGUAUGUUUUUUAUUUCCAAAUGGUCCGGAUCGAGAAUUUUCCGAUAAUGCUUGGGUCACUGAAGGCGUCAGGGUUUGGCACAAAAUGAAAAGUAGGGGUAAAAAUAAACCUGGGAAACUUUCUGAGCAUUUCUUUUGUUCAGUUCAUAAAGCUGCAUUAAAAGACUACUGUAAUUUUAUGAAGACAUCUUGUCAUAUUGAUGUCUUAUUUGAUCAAGCAAAUAGAGAAAAAUCAAUUCAAAUUCAGCAUGAGCGAGAAUAUAAUAAGCAAGUUAUUAAAAUCCUUAUGGACACUACUCGUACUUUAGCUCGGCAAGGGUUGGCAUUUAGAGGUGAUGGAGAUGAUAAAAAUGGAAAUUUCAUUCAAAUCGUGGAAUUACUUUCCAGACAUUGUAAUGUUAUAAAAACAUGGUUAGAUAAUAAAUCUAUGAGGUCAUAUCAUGUGACGUAUCUCGGUUCUAGGUCUCAAAAUGAAUUCAUAGAACUGCUUUCUUCAGAAACUAGAAAUUGA